UGAGAGCACAAGAGCAAGAGAGAACAAGCAUUUCAGACCAUCUACUUCCGAACCUCUUACGAAGACAUUUCCUACCUCAGAAGAUACUGCCCAGUGCAUAGAAUCAAAAAAGAAAUCACAAAAUUUAAUCAGGGUGGAGAUGGGACAGCAUUGUUUUAAUGGUGAGCAUGGCUACAGACCUUUGUCCAGGCAUAAGGAGGAUGCAUCUGAUGUUCAUGAAUCUCAGGACCUAAGACAGCAGAUCGUAUCUCUGAACCAGCAGUUGAUGGAUAAGGAGGCUCACUGGUUACAGGUCAGCAGUCUCCUGCAAAGCCGUGUGAAAGCCCUCACCAGAGAGAACCAGGAGCUUCACAGAAAGCUUAAUGUGAAUGAGAUAUCACACCAGAGGUCUGGUUUCUCUGGUCCUCAACCUGGAUUAGACAGUACAUGUAAGAAGAGCAGAGAGGAAACACAAAGGAUCCCUUGUGUAAGGAGUGUAACUCCUGCCUUUAACAAACCCUCUGUCCAUAAGAGGGAAACACUAACAGAAUAUAUGCCAAAUGGACGCUCUGUUUCCAAAGCUAAGAAGAUUACAGACUGUUCAGCCAACUCUUUUAGUAAGAAUUCUACAUAUCCCACUGGGCUUGACAGCCAAGGAAAUAAUGCCAUGAUUACACAGGGCAAAAAGGUAGAACGUCUUUUGUUGAACGGAUGUCGUAUUAUCACAUUUCGCAAUGGAACAAAGAAGGAGAUCGGUGUUGACAAGUCUGUCACAGUUACCUUUUUCAAUGGAGAUGUUAAGCGGAUACUGGCUGAUGGGACUGUGAUAUACUACUAUUGUGAUGCUCAAACUACACACUCAACUUAUCCAUCUGGUUUGGAAGUUGUACAAUUUCCAAACAACCAAAGAGAAAAACACCAUCCUGAUGGCACUAGGGAAAUAGCCUUCCCUGAUGGCACAGUCAAGAUUCUCUACAACGAUGGUCGAGAGGAAAGCAUUUUUCCAGAUGGAACUGUUGUCAAGAUAUCAAAACAUGGGGAAAAGAUGGUGGAGUUUACUAAUGGGCAGAGGGAAAUCCAUACUUUACAGUACAAGCGGAGGAUGUAUGCGGAUGGAACUGUAAAAACUGUCUACACAAAUGGGAGGCAAGAGACAAAGUUCUCAUCUGGGAGGGUUCGCAUAAAGAACAAUGAAGGCAUCAUUAUAAUGGAUAAAAAAUGAACUUCUUAAAACCCUUUUCAAUGUAUUUAUAUGAUUUUUUAAAUCAUUUUAUUUUAUUAUUUAUAUACAUACACAUGUUCAUAUA